AUGGUUGUAUUGAUGCUGGCGAAAAAAGCCGAGGUAUCUCUAACCUCAUCGUUGUUAAACGUUGUCGCCGGUGGUUCGACAGUAAUCUCAAGUACUGUACUGAAUGUGACGUCAUCGGAUAGAGAAGAUUAUGUGGUGAAUGUGGUGGAAAAGCCGAAUUACGGAUGGAUUGUGCUGGACUCAUGGAGCACCAACAACAUCACCUCCAUAGAUUCGUUCAGUGGUGCAGACCUUCGUGAACGUCGUGUGGUGUACGUGUCAGAUCGCGAUUCGCCCGCUACAAGGGAUUCAUUCUCAGUUGCGGUGUGCAUCUCCCACCACACUUGUACCCAAACACAAAUCGUGACGUCACGAUCUCACAGCGAAAUGUUCAAAGUAUGUGCUACGAUUUUUGCUCUGGAAUCUAGGUACUAA